CGUGUGGCGGUGACGCGGCGCCGGCGGAGAGGGAGGCGAGCGGAUCGCCGGGGCUGCUCGGCUCCUGCGCGCCCUCGCGCUCCCCGCCGCCCGCCCAGGCGCAGGCAGGGCGCAGGCGGCGGCGGGCGGCAUGGAGAGCUUGCUGGAGAACCCGGUGCGCGCCGUGCUCUACCUCAAGGAGCUCACGGCCAUCGUGCAGAACCAGCAGAGCCUCAUCCACACCCAGCGCCAGCGCAUCGACGAGCUGGAGCGGCGGCUGGACGAGCUAAGCGCCGAGAACCGCAGCCUGUGGGAGCACCAGCAGCUGCUGCAAGCCCUGCCUCCGCCCGGGCUCGUCCCCCCGUCGCCAGCCCCGCUGCCGGCCACCCCGGCCACCGCCGCCGCCGGGGCCCAGGAACAGCUCCAGGACCACGGACAGCUCCCGCCCACCGCGCCCGAGAAGCCCCCGCUUCAGCACCACGGACAGCUCCUGGCGCAGCCCCAGCCGGGCCCCAGCAGCAAGGCUCACGCAUCCCAGCCGCCCCACCAGCACCCGGCGGGGCCCGGGGCCGUCGCCGACAAGGAGAAGGAGCGUCCCCCGAGUUGUUGCGCCGCUGCUGGAACCCUCCUUCAGCACAAAUCCCCCGCCGCCCUCGGCAAGGGCGUCCUGAGCAGGAGACCCGAGAAUGAGACCGUGCUGCACCAGUUCUGCUGCCCAGCCGCCGACGCCGAGCAGAAGCCCGCCUGCUCCGACCUGGCCUCCCAAAGUGACGGCUCCUGCGCCCAGGCCGGUGCGGGCACGGAGGACUCCGUGGCGGCGGCGGCGGCGGCGGCGGCCGGCAGACCCAGUGCCCACGCCCCGAAGGCUCAAGCCCAGGAGCUGCAGGAGGAGGAGGAGCGGCCGGGGGCGGGGGGCGCCUCCCCGCGGGCCGGCCUCCACUGCGCGGCCUCCCCCAGCAGGCAGCAGCCUGCCCUGGCGACGGCGCUCUGCUCCCGCGCCCCUGCCGCCUCCGAUUACGAACUCUCCCUUGACCUAAAGAAUAAACAGAUUGAAAUGCUAGAACACAAGUACGGGGGCCACCUGGUGUCCCGGCGCGCCGCUUGCACCAUCCAAACCGCCUUCCGCCAGUACCAGCUCAGCAAGAACUUCGAGAAGAUCCGCAACUCGCUCCUGGAGAGCCGCCUGCCGCGGCGCAUCUCCCUGCGCAAGGCGCGCGCGCCCGCGGCCGAGAGCCUGGCGGCCGAGAGGGCGCUCCUGGAGGGCUGCGGCCUCUCGGGACUGCCGCUGGCGCGCUCGCCCUCCCUGCCGCCCACCAUCGCGGGCACGCUCACCGAACUGGAGGACUCCUUUACCGAGCAGGUGCAGUCCCUGGCCAAGUCCAUCGACGACGCCCUCAGCACCUGGAGCCUCAAGACCGUGUGCUCCCUGCAGGAGAGCGGCGCUUACCAGGUCCACAGGGCCCUGCGCGCGGCAACGGGGCCGCCGGGCCUGGAGACCGAGGCGCGGGAGCCCGAGGGCGCCCACCCGGGGGACUGGGCCGAGCCCGCCGAGCCCGCCGGCCCGCCCCAGGGCCACGGCAGCACCCUCAUGAUGGCCUUCCGGGACGUCACCGUGCAGAUCGCCAGCCGGAACAUCUCCGUGUCCUCCUCCACGGCUCUGUCCGUGGCCAACUGCCUGGGCGCGCCGACGGCCCCAGCCCCCGCAGAGUCCGCGGCGGGCGAGGCCGAGCAGGACGAGGCCGGCGGGCAGGAGGCCCCGGAGGCCCCCAGCGCCGGCCAGGGGGACGUGCCCGCCGAGGACGCGAGCGCAGAGGCGGGAGCCGACGACGGGGCCGUGCGCGCCAGCCCCCCUGGGGCCGCGGUACCGGCGGCGGAGGAGGAGGAGGAAGACGAAGAGGAGGAGGCCGAGGAGCCGGUGAAGGGGACGGAGGCCGAGGCCGGCGACAACUCGGAGCAGCUGAGCAGCAGCAGUACGUCCACCAAAUCGGCCGCGUCGGCCUCGGCCUCCAAGGAGGCCCUGCAGGCCAUGAUCCUGAGCCUGCCGCGCUACCACUGCGAGAACCCGGCCAGCUGCAGGUCUCCCACGCUCUCCACCGACACCCUGCGCAAGCGGCUCUACCGCAUCGGCCUCAACCUCUUCAACAUAAACCCGGACAAGGGCAUCCAGUUCCUGAUCUCUCGAGGCUUCAUCCCCGACACCCCCAUCGGAGUGGCCCAUUUCCUGCUCCAGCGUAAGGGCCUGAGCCGCCAGAUGAUCGGAGAGUUCCUGGGCAACAGCAAGAAGCAGUUCAACCGCGACGUGCUCGACUGCGUGGUGGACGAGAUGGACUUCUCCGCCAUGGAGCUGGACGAGGCCCUGCGCAAGUUCCAGGCGCACAUCCGCGUGCAGGGCGAGGCCCAGAAGGUGGAGCGGCUCAUAGAGACCUUCAGCCAGCGCUACUGCAUGUGCAACCCCGAGGUGGUGCGGCAGUUCCACAACCCGGACACCGUCUUCAUCCUGGCCUUCGCCGUCAUCCUCCUCAACACCGACAUGUACAGCCCCAACAUUAAGCCCGACCGGAAGAUGAUGCUGGAGGACUUCAUCCGAAACCUGCGAGGUGUGGAUGACGGGGCUGACAUCCCCAGGGAGCUGGUGGUCGGCAUCUAUGAAAGGAUUCAGCAGAAGGAGCUCAAGUCGAACGAGGACCACGUCACGUAUGUCACCAAGGUGGAGAAGUCCAUCGUGGGCAUGAAGACAGUGCUGUCAGAGCCCCAUCGCCGCCUGGUCUGCUGCAGCCGGCUCUUCGAGGUGACGGAUGUGAACAAGCUGCAGAAGCAGGCCGCACACCAGAGGGAGGUGUUCCUCUUCAACGACCUGCUGGUGAUUCUCAAACUCUGCCCCAAGAAGAAGAGCUCCUCCACGUACACCUUCUGCAAGUCUGUGGGCCUCCUGCGCAUGCAGUUCCACCUCUUUGAGAACGAGUAUUACUCUCAUGGCAUCACACUGGUGACCCCGCUCUCGGGCUCCGAGAAGAAGCAGGUGCUGCACUUCUGUGCCCUGGGCUUGGACGAGAUGCGGAAGUUUGUGGAGGACCUGAAGGAGUCCAUUGCGGAGGUGACGGAGCUGGAGCAGAUCCGGAUAGAGUGGGAGCUGGAGAAGCAGCAAGGAGCGAAGACUCUCUCCUUCAAGGCCGGGGGAGCCCAGGUGGACCCACAGUCGAAGCAGGGAUCGCCCACAGCCAAAAGGGAAGCGGCACCGGCGGAGAAGGCGGCGGAGAGCACGGCGGAGGUGAGUGGAGGCCUGGUUGCCCAGGUGUCAAUUCACAACAGGCUUCAAACGUCCCAGCACAACUCCGGGCUGGGGGCCGAGAGGGGAGCACCAGCGCCAGACCUGCAGCCUAGCCCCUUGAGGGCGCAGCCCCCUCUGCUGCCACCACCGCCGCCCACGGCCCCCGGGACCCUGGUGCAGUGCCAGCAGAUUGUCAAGGUCAUCGUCCUGGACCAGCCCUGCUUGGCCCGCAUGGAGCCCCUGCUGAGCCAGGCCCUCUCCUGCUACGCCUCGUCCUCGUCCGACUCCUGCAGCUCCGCGCCCCGGGGCGGCCCGGGCUCCCCCGUCAAGGCGGCCCACCAGCCGCCCCUGCCCCCCGCCCCGCCCCCCUACAACCACCCGCACCAGUUCUGCCCGCCUGGCUCCCUGCUGCACCGGCGCUGCUCCAGCGGCGCCAGGAGCCUGGUGUAGACUCGGCCACGCCCGCUACGCUGCUGUCCGGGGGGCUGCGUCGGGGCCCCCGCUGCUCCCCACGCCCGGCGCGCUGCCUUCCUGGCCACUCACCACUGUCGUUUCAGAGAGAGAAUCCCAGUCCCUGGCACCUGGUUUGCUUGGCCCAAGCUUCCCUUGCUCAGUUGAGCGACCCUCCCCCCAAAUCUGCAGACACCCCUCACCCUCCUGGGGCCCAACACAGCCCGGCACGGCCAGGCCUCCUCUCCCCCCACCAUUACUCUGGCCACUUGGAACAGGGACUGAGGGCCUAUCCGGCUUCCAGGCCAAGUCUGCCAGGCGUUGAGGGCUGGGUGGCCAGCACCCAAGCCUUAGACAGAAGGUGGUCUGGCUCACCGCCCCAGCGCUGGGUGCCACGCUGGGUGGGGGACAGUCAGCCCUGGAUCCCUGGAGCGGCCAGGUCAGGGGGAGGCAUGAGAAGGGGGCUCCCUCUGCUGCCCCCUGCCCCGCCAAGCCCGGCAGUCUCAGGAGGCGACUCCUCUGCGCCCAGGGAUGUUGGCUGUCCUGGCCACAGACUCCCCUCCUCCCAGGGCCUCUCCUGCUUUCUCAGGGGCUGGGGCGCUGCCUGCCCGGGGCUGCCGAGACUUCAGGAGAGCUUUGGGAAAGGGGGGGAGGGGAGGGGGCACCCGUCUCAGCUCUCUCUUGGUCAGUUCAACAGAACCAGGGAAUCAGGAGGUCACGUAUCUACGAAACGCACCUUUUAAGGAGUUUCUUGUUCUCUAGCCCUAAGUCAUACCCAGCCAGUGCAAAGUGCGCCCAGGGUAUGAACACAUACAUAGGAGAUCCAGGUCCUCCCAGUAUCGGAGCAGAAACGGGGAGGGGCAGGGGUGGGCCCAGGGGCGAAUGUAGCCAGCAGAGGCAGGAUUCCGGCCCAGGGCCAGGCCCCCUCCUGAAUGACUUCCGUGGCCUCCACGAGGGACGUGGACGCAGAAGUGGGCGGGAGCGGCAGGUGCUCCAGAGGCCUGGCGUGUCCCCCGCUGCCGUCCCCAACGAGCCCUUUAAGCCCCGCCCCCCGUACCCCAGAAGGCAGCAGGCCCGCCUGCAGCAGGGGGAAGAGUCCCUGCACCUUCAAAAUCGCCAAGGAGAGCCAGGAGGGCUCGCUGACCAACCCAGAGCCCAGCAGAAUCAGAGCCAACCUCUGUGCAGCCCCACAGGGCUCAGGCAGCCCCGCCUCAAAGACCCCGGGGGGUACCCUUCCAGGGACUGUCGGUCCCGAGCCAGGCUGGCCCCUCCUCUGGUCCUGAGCCGACAGCUCACUGCUGUCCUUCGUUAAGGUCCCCUCCCUCUCGGAGCCCAGGUCCAAGACAUCCCGAGAGGUGGAGGUGAAUACUGAUCCAGAGUGCAUUUGCUCCUCCCCGACCCCUACCCCACAGCCCAGCUGCGGGCCCCUGGGCCGCUAGGAGGCACGGACUCCCCCUGCUCUCAGAGAUCCCAGGUGACCUAGUUGCGUGUGUAUGUGUGUGAUCACCAGGCGUCAUUAUGCUGUCCCCUAGCGAGUGUAUUCUGGCCCUGUCUCCGUCAGCCGGGUGUCCAUAACGUGUGACCACUUGCUGUCUCCUCUCCCCGGCCCUGCCCCCGUCCUUGUUGUCCCGGCCCCUCUCCUGUGUCUUUUCUGUCACACGGUCGCUCUGAUCAGAGCCUUUCAGGGCAGAGCGGCUGACCGAUGGGGCGCACGGUUCACACACCCAGUGCCCGAGGCCUGGGCGGCAGGGGCGUGGGUUCAGAAGCAAGAGGAGUGACGAGUGGCUAGAUAUGUUUAUGGGGUGGGAGCCAUGGGGGCACAGUCCCAGCCACUGGGCCCCUGUCACCUGCUCACACGGUGCCCCCCUCCCACGCUGCUGACGCCCAGACUUCCCAGGUUGGGACCAGCAGGCGCCUCAGGGCUGGCACGUACGUGGAGCGUCUCUCUGCGGGCCCGGAAGCUCCGGUAUCUCCGUGCCCUCCCCUGGGUAGGGCUCCCCACCGGCCCCGGUCACUGCGGUGGCUGCCUUGGGCCCCGCCGGCGGCACUGGAGUCCUGGCCGAGGAAGCACACCAGCCCGGGGUCAGCAGCAUGUGGGGCGAGUUCUGAGCUGUGAGGGGUUUGAAUCCCCGAAGGCCUGGGGCAGGGUGCGGCGGGGCCUCCUCGCGGUCGGGGAAGCAAGGGUUCCCGGCCUCGGUAACUUCCCUCCCCUGGCCGGCCAGCAGGCUGAGGCUGGGACCCGUCUCCGUGCCCGUCCCCAGAGCCGAGCCCCCAGACAGCUGUGACAAGCCUCGUGUCCUCCCCGUGGCUGCGGCCACGUCAGGGCCUCCAUCCCCCCGGAGGGCCCAGCUGGAAAUGCUCGCGGGCCUCCCGCUCACCCCCAGGCCAGGGGGGCGGUGGGGUGCUGACACGGCCUCCUGGGCACACGCGCAAGGACCCCAAGGUGGCCCCGCGAUAUCGACACUCGAGGCCUUACUUUGGGGACCGGGCCCCCUCCCGGUUUUAUCCAUUUGGCCCCAACUCCAGAAUCAGGAGCGGGAGGUGAAACUAGCUCUCCCACCCACUUUGGGGCCAGCCCACCUCCAGAGCUGGAGCUCGUCCUGGAAACCUGGCUGCCUAUGUGCAAAGGCACCCACGUGACCAGCCCCAGGCCCCUGGCCGCCGCCCCACCUGUCCCCCCCACCCGCCUGCCAGACGUCUCUUUGUGCCAGUAGGUUUCCCCAUAACCGUCGGUCCGUCUGUCCCCGUGUCCUGCUGUACAUACAUCCUUGCUGCACCCCUCCCCCUGCAUACACCCUUCCCCCGUCAGAGAGCAGCCUCUCUAGGGAAAGAAAGGCAGGGCGGCUGCACCCAGCAACUAAUCCAAAUGGCAAAUAUUUUGUAACAAAAUAGCCCAGAGGUAUUUUAUCUGUUCAAUUCAUAGAGUUUUAGAGAUUAUA